CAAUUUUGUAACACCGGCUCAGCAGCGUUCUAUUGUAGCUUCUGACACUUUUUCGAAUAAUUUCAAGAAAUUAAGUAAGAAGUGACACAAGAAUUUCUGAAAAAUGAACGGUUUAGGAAGAACCGCAACGCGGCUGAUACAGAAUUGCGUCAAAAACACAACUUUGACUGGUGCCUUAGUAAAUCGCGCCCAGGCUCCUGUAAAACGUGAUUUCACUAGGGGAAUAUGGCACAUGAGCUGUUCAAAGCGGCUGGAUGGGUCUGCUACCACUUCAACCCUUCUGCACAAUCACUCGAACACAUGCAGCUGCGGUUGUGGCCUGAAAGCGCUGCACACAAAAGGUGAGAGAGAACUGGUAGAGUUCCUGACUGAGGAGAUUGUAGCUGAACGCAAAGCACAGAAAGUGAAGGUGUUACCUACUGAACUUGAAGGUUUUGUUAUCUGUGGAGAUGGUGCUGAGGUUGUCCUAUCUAAGAAGCUCAAGGAUGAACUUGUCAGAAUCACCUUCAAUGUGAACCACACAGUGGACUCUGAUGACCUGGAAGGAGAGGUGCAGCCAGAGAAGCAGGAGUUUGCAGAGAUGAGGUCACGGCCUCAGUUCGAGGUAGACCUAGUCCGUGGUGAUACCACACUUGGGUUCACCUGCUCGUUCCUCCAGGAGCCCCCACCAGCUGCUGGUGGAGCGGAUGAAUACAAUGACGUAUUCGGUAUUGAUGAGGUGACCAUCUACAAGGGCGAAUGGAACGACAAAGUCUACGCUGUUGCGGGAGACGUGCUUGAUGGAUAUCUUUACGACUUAUUGAUGAACCUGCUGGAAGAGAAAGGCAUCAGCAACGAGUUUGUGAACAAACUGUCGGACUUUAGCACGGCGUAUGAGCACAGCGCAUACAUCAAACUUCUCGAAUCCGUAUCCCAAUUUACCAUUGGAAAGUAAUACUCGCCUUUUCUGAAUUAGAAACUAGAGUAUCAAUAAAAUGAACACCUACCUUGAAAAUUCAGCCAUAAUUAUGCAUUGUUUUGAAAUAUCCAUGCAGUUGGAUGUUAUGUUUUUCUUGUAACUGAG